UACGUACACCAGGUGUUUUCAUACAUUUGGAAGGGUGGUAUACGAUUAAUAUUUGGAGUAUAAUGAUCGAUAAAGCAUUCUUAAAGGUCCAAGACAUUGAACUUGUCCGUGGUGACUCAGCGAGCGUUGCUUCGGGCAACCGAAAGAAGAACAAUAGGAACAAGGCCGAGAAGGGAACAAGUGGACGUCGACCUGACGGCAUUUUCAAAAGUACAGUUAAUAACCAUGAAUAUGGAGGAAUUGAAAAUAUGUUCGAUCAACUAUCAAGUGUGGUCAACCAUAACGAAGCAGUGGCCAAGGAAAUAGAGGUCAUCGGUUUAUUGCAUUCGCGUCUUCAAUUGCAACAAUUACUCGUGGAUUACGGAGGUGGCUCGUGUUUACGCCUCAUAAAAGAAGCAACAACAAAUGUUCCUGUCCUUCGAGCGAAAUUGAGAGUCCAACGUUGCAUCGCAGUGUUAAAAGACGAUUCUGAGGAUGCAUCGUUCUUACGAGAAAUUACACAACCAUCUUCGUGUCCCUCAACUCCACCUAAUGAGCAAGCAGGUUAUCUUACAACUUCCAGGACCGUUACAUGUCCAACCUUCAAGUCUCCAGAAAAGGCUACUAAAGUUGAAGAGAGGUAA